CCAGCGAUGGCAGAUGGAUUACCUUGCAGGGUAAGAGGCAAAAACUUGGAAACAUUGAUAAUUAGUCUUCUUGUAGUGCUGUGUUGAACAUCUGCAAUACUACAUUAGACAGUAUCAAUUGCGGUUUCGCAUAUCCGUUGCCGUCGGAGCCAAUCAGGGUAUAGAGGGUCUUGUCGGCAGGUGGUGACGUUAUACAAAGCGCCCGACCCAUCAUCUGACCGCACACACCCAUGGGGUAUAUAUGCCCCAGAUCCGCCUCAUUCCGUCGAGAGAUAUUAAUUCAUACCAUUAUACCCAGCUCCGGAGCAACAUGCCACUGGACAACUACGGCGUCUGGAAGGCCCAUCCAGUUUCUUACAAAGUCGACCGUCGUGGGGUUGGAACACCUCAUCUGAGUCUAUAUUUUCGAAACAAUGGAGGCGAUGACUUCGAAGCCGCCAUAAACAUCAAGUCGGGAGACCAAGACGAGUCGCGACUUGCAUAUUGGAUCAAUGAGGAUAUGAACGACCACCCGCUUGUCGAGGGUCUUUCGCAUCUUCCUACCGGCUACAGGCGCUUGGACGAUACAGAGCCGGAGCCGGGCGGCCUACGACUUGACUACAUCCGAGGCAAUCUGUUUGACGUGAAUACCGGUCGGAUUCUCGAGCACGACAUAACUGGUCCGAACAAUGACAUUAUCGAUGUUCUGGUACCUCGAGUGAAGCACGCAAUCGACGAGGGGGCUGUCGUUUAUAUCUUCGGCGAGCAAUACGAGUCACAGAGCGGAAUACACAAUGUCCACAUGAAUCAGGGCAACAUCCGAAGAUACUCGGGUGACGAUGGAGUGUUCCAGGAUGGAGCCCUCCUCUUCCACUAUCCAGAGUCUGAUAACUGGAUGGGCAUCUUCCUCGCCUUUGCAUCGCAAGCCAUGCAUACCAGCGAGGAUGGAGGCCAUGCCAUAUCACGAGUGACCUGGAAGGACCUUCUUCCUGGUGACCUCGUCGAAAACUCUGUGGCUAUCUGCCAGGCCGUUGUGAAUCCGUCUAGCGGAGCGCAGUCGGUUACCCUGGCGAACCUCACCAGCCGCAAGGUAUCACUUGCACGGUGGAGGAUUCGCGAUUCGCGUUGGGAACAACAGGUUCUUUCUAAGAAUGCGGCUAUAGGCGCAAGAGGUACUGAAGACUUUGAUAUUCUGGACUGCCCCCUAUCUGAGGAUGGAGACACAAUCACGCUUCUCAAUAGCGAUGGGCUCAAGGUCGCUGGUGUCAGCUAUAACUCUCGGCAGGGAAAUCAGGACGGGCCAAUUGUUUUUGCAGGUUAG